AUGCUUUCACAACAGAAAGAAGCUGACUGGCUAUUUAAAAAACUGAACAAGGUUAUGAUAGAAGAAUGUUAUCAAUAUAGGAAGAACGAGCAGCCGCAGCUAGACUCUCUUUUCGAUGCGAAGCAAUGGGAGCAGUUCGUCAACACGGCACAAUCUAAGAUCAGGAUGAGUAAGCAGUGUCUCGCUCCGCUUGUUAAGACAGCCGAGUAUUGGGGUAUGAAUAAGGUCCAAUACUAUGAGUGGGCUUCAAUGGGACUCAAGUACUGCAAUGUACUUGCAGCAGCAGCUUCUCAAAAUCCCGUCUGGGAAGACGCCCGGGUCAAGCUUAACCAGCUACUUUUGAGAAGGAUUACAGAAGGGCGUUUUCUAAGAAAGACAGCGAACCCUUUCUACCUGGUCGACUUGGAGCACCUUAUUGCUUGGACGGGCAAAAUCGACUUUGAAAAGAAAGGCCGCAGAGCAUACAUCUUGAAGUAUAAGACAAUUGCCGAAUCCGAUCUGCCAGUUAACUAUGUACUUGACCGGUUCGGUUCCCGUAUCAUCCGCACAAAGCUGCAGACAUAUUCACGAGAAGUACAACAGCCAUCUUGGAUAGCCAUCUUUCUCAGCGAUGUGCUCGUAAUUGGAAAGUAUUGCGAAUGCUUCUUGUACAAGGGGGUUGUGUAUUAA